AAAAGGAUAUGUAAACAAUGAUUAUUUUUAGAUGUGUACAAAAUCUACCAGGUGGCUUAAAGGAUCAACAAAGUUGAUUGACAACAAGAUCCAAAAUUUUUUGAUCAGAAAAUUCAACCCAUCAACCAUCAGAACCAGACCAGAAUGAAUCAAUUGAUUGAAAAUAUUCUCAACGAAAAAGAGCUCAACAGCUCUCUCCGCGCAUUGGGAGAUCUCCUUCGUGAACCAGCUAAUCGAGAAGCACCAGAGCUUCAACAGAAUCUUCCAGCAUUAGUAAACAAAUUCGAUAAAUUGAUCACCAAAGAUGAUACUGAGAAUGAGAAUGAAUCAGACCAAGAUAUAUAUAAUCAAUCAUAUAGAGAAUUAUACAAUGAUACAACGAGAGUCGUGGUAAACUUACUAGCAAACAGUGAUACCAAUCGGGAUUUCUUUACCAAGGAUACUACAGCUAUCAACCAAUUUUGGCUAAAUGUGUUGACCAAUUGUGAACGAGUAGGAAUCUUGUUGUCCCAAUUCUGGUAUGAAACGGAACGCAAACAACAAUAUCUCGAAUAUUUCCAACAAUUGAAUAUCAAGGACAAGUUAUAUGGAUUGAUUGAAGAGGACUAUGUUGACGAAGCUGCUGAUUUAUUUGAUGCAAUUCUUGAAUUAUUAGAUGGGCAAUUAUUACAAGAGAACGAUUGCAGAUUUAUCAAAAAAUGUACUAACUAUCUUAUACAUUGCGACGAAGAAAUCGCUUCCACAAUAUGUGAGCUUCUUGGAAUGCUAGAGCCAGGAAUCGAUUCAUUCGAAACAAUUGUUGACAUUAUUCCUCGUAUCGAAAAUGACAGGCAAAGCGUUAAACGGAAAUUAUUCGUCUUAAUUAGUGAAUUAUCAACUUCCGAGUGUCUUUUGAAAGCUAUUGGACAAUUAUGGAACAAAGACAAAUAUGUCAAUGCUGGAUGUUUUAUUGCAAUUGGAAAUGAAAUCACUAGCGAAGAGUCCUACAAACAAGUAAUUAAUAAAAUUCAAUCAAAUAUGAGCAUGGCUGAUUUUUUCAUGCUGUUCUUCCGUGAUGAAUUCUUUGAUAUGGUACAAAUCCAAGCUGUUCACCUGUUGACCAAAAUAUUGAAUAAAGACAAUGUCAAGUAUGUUUUAAAUCAUCAGUUUGUAUUAGACCAGAUGACGAAACUAGCAUUAGACCAAGCCAACUAUUAUCAAGAAGUAACUAAUUUACAAAUUCGAUUCCUAAAGAAGAUUAUAAACCUAGAUCAGGAAGUCGCUAAACGAUUAGAUCUGAUCUGGGAAGUAGUUGGUGAAUACGACAACACCCAAGAAAUUCAAUAUUCACUCCUACAAACUGUCGACGAACAUUCUCCACUCAUGCCUAAAUUAAUCCAGAAUGCAGUAUCUCCAAUCCCUAGUACUAUCUCGAUUGAAGUUAUUCUUGAGAAACUCAAAGCAAUUGCGGUAUUAAACCAAAUGGUAGAAGACAAGAAAAUUAGUCCUUAUGUUGAACAUACCAAAGAAUUAACCGAGUUUCUACGUCAAUUACUUCCACAAUUGGACCUCCAAGACAAUUCCGAAACGGGAAUGAAACAAGUGUUAGUCAACAAUACCAAAUACGUCGCUGCGACUACCUACAAGGUGUUCAACCCGGAGAAGGCGGAAGAUUUACUUGCAGUUUGUCAAGAAAUUAUAGCUGGCGGAGGGAAAUGAUAGUGCGGCGCAGAAAUAAUAAGGGGACUGAACGGCAUUUGCCGGCGAUGAUAAUUUUUUGAGACACUGAGCCGCAUCGGUAGGCGACGGUGUUUGCAAAAUUUUUUAUUACACAGUUGACAAAUCCCACAGUUUUGUAUAAAUAGCAAGUGGGAGUUUCAAAAACGUUGUUUCAGACUUUAUAGACCUUAUUCCAUAGACUUUUACACACCAUGACUGUUACUAGUAAAUUUGCUUCACUUACUCGUGAAGAACCCGAUCCAAUCAUGAAGACCAUGAACGCUUAUGCCAAUGAUACCUCCGCUAACAAGAUUGAAGUAGCUAUCGGGGUUUACAAGGAUUCAUUAGGUGGAUCAUAUUUAUUCCCGCUGAUUGCCAAGGCCAAACAGCACUUGCACGAAAACGAUCCAGGACACAACUACACUCAAAUGUCUGGUAUUCCUUCAUUUGUCCGUGGUGCCCAACGAGUUAUCUUUGGUGAAGAAAUUGCCAGCCAAGGCAAAAUUGCCAGUUUACAAACUAUUUCCGGAACCGGUGCUAUCCAUAUGGGUCUCUUGGUUUACAAAGAAGCCGGGUACAAAAACUACUAUUUGGGUUUACCUGCUUGGCAAAACUACAUUCCUAUGAUUGAACAUGUAGGAAGUACAGUCAAAACAUUCACCUACUACGACGAAGCUAAAAAGACCCUCGACUUUGAAAGUUGUAUCCAAGCAUUGGAAUCUGCACCAAAAAAUACUAUAUUCUUGUUGCAAGCAUGUUGUCACAACCCUACCGGGGCUGACUUCACCCAUGAUCAAUGGGUCCAAAUCACGCAAAUCAUGAAGAGCCGCGAGUUGCUCCCCAUGUUGGAUAUCGCCUACCAAGGUUUCGCCUCGGGUGAUAAAGAUGUGGAUGCAUUCCCAAUCAGACAUAUGUACAAUGAAGGACUCGAUUUUGUUGUUUGCCAAUCGUUCUCCAAGAAUAUGGGAUUGUACAGUGAACGUGUUGGUUGUGUUCACGUUGUAGUUCAAGACAAGACUUAUGUCCCUCAUGCGCAAUCUACCUUGACUGCCAUGUUUAGACACGAAUGCUCAUUUGCACCAGCUUAUGGUGCCAGAUUGGCCAGCAUUAUCUUCGAGGAUCCAAAAUUGUUGCAAGAAUGGAACCAAGAUGUGAGAAAUGUAAGAGAUAGAAUGCAACAUAUGAGACAGUUGGUGUUUGACAAGUUAACCAAGUUGGCCACUCCAGGAGACUGGUCUAAUGUCGUGGAACAAACUGGAUUGUUUUGGUUCAGUGGGUUGACUGAAGAACAAAACAACAGAUUGAUUGAAAAACAUAACGUUUAUUCAACCAGCAUGGGUAGAGUUAAUAUUGCUGGUUUGAAUGAAGAGAACGUCGAUUAUUUCUGUAAAGCCAUUGACGAGGUUGUUAGAGCUACUAGUUAAGUUGAAUAAAUGAUCUAAUAUCUUAAA